ACUGCAAGCAAGAUGACCAAUUUGAAUAAUUACCUCAAAGUGAUACAUUAAACCUAAUAUGAAACUAUUUGCAAUUAUAUUCGUAGUAGCAGUUGCUAGCUGUGUACAGGUACACUGCAACUCGGCAAGACGUUCUUCAAAUAGAGGUAAUGACAACGACUCGUCAAACGAGUCCUCCGAAGAAAACUCAUGGAAAAACAAUCGGGAUAUGCAGGAUAUCUUUGCAGCUUUUAGAAACUCAAAUCAUGGAAGUAAUUCUGAAUCAAUCUCGUGGCGUAUGACUGAAACACAAUUUCCUGAAGCAAUUCCUUUCCAAGUAAAAAUAACUGAACGGUUAAACGGUUCAGGUCCAUUGGCUGACAAACCAGAAAUUAAACAAUCUAUACUUCGAUUGGCUAAUGACAAGUUGGAUGCGUGCAAGACACCAAGUGGCGAUAAACUUGAUAGAGCUUGUGUUGGCAGACAUUUGGGUCAAAUGAUGCAAAUGAUAGCUGCAGUAGAAAAUUCUAGUCGACAUUAUCCAGGACAAAUUUAGGUAAAUUUAAGAUGUGCAUACAAAUUGUAACAAAAAAAAUACAUCAUAAAUUAGCAUUACAUAUUUAUUAUUGUAACAAAAUAUGU